UCCAAAGUGCAAAAAAAUUACAACCCAUCCUCUCGUAAUACCCGACGCUUGUGGCGGCGGCGAUGGCGACGUCGGCGAGCACGUCCGGCGAAUGGCUGACAGGCGCCCUGAAGGAGCUUCGGGAGCGGAAGGGGAGCGCGCUGGAGCUCGACGCCGACCUCAUCUCGGGCCUCGUCUCCUUCUGCGAGCUCGCGCCGCCCCCUGACGCCGCCGACUACCUCGCGAAUAUUAUUGGAGUAGAAGCUGCUCAGGACAUUAUUCAGGAGUACUUGCGGAGGAGGCGUUAUAUUGAUUCCUCAAAUGGAACUGAAAGCUUGCAAUCGUCUAACCUUCAGCCUUAUGUGAAGCCAUCUGCUGAUGCAGCGACUACACAAACAAAGAAACAAACACACACACAAAAAGAUGCAGCAUCUUCUUCUAGUCAGAGUUCCAAGAGCCAAUCAGAAACUGCAGAACCCCAACUUGCCUCCAAGAGAGGUUCAAAAAAGAAAGGAGUAAAGGCCAUCUCCCUCAUUGAGGCAGCGAAGGGUUCUAUUGUCUUCAAGCAGGGGAAACCUUGUUCAUGCCAAGCGCGGCAGCACAACCUUGUUAGCAACUGCUUAUCAUGUGGCAAAAUUGUGUGUGAACAAGAGGGCGAGGGACCCUGUAGUUUCUGUGGUGCACUUGUCUUGAAGGAAGGAAGUACAUAUGCUGGUUUAAGCGACGCCGGACUUCCUCUUUCGGAAGCAGAAGCUGCAGCUGAAGAAUAUGCAAAGAGGCUUGUUGACUAUGACAAAAAUUCUGCAGCAAGGACCAAAGUUUAUGAUGAUCAAAGUGACUAUUAUGAAAUGGAGGGAAACAGUUGGCUCUCUUCAAAGGAAAAGUCAGUCUUAAAGAAGCAGCAAGAGGAAGCUCAGGAAGCAGCUGAAAGCCAAAAGGGGAAAGUGAUUGUUACAUUUGAUUUGGUGGGCCGUAAGGUGAUUUUGAACAAGGAUGGAGCCACUGAGCUGGAAUCUGAGCACCCAAUCUUGAGACCAUCUGAAGAGAAGGAUCAGAGCCACCGCAUACCGCCCAACCCCACAAUCAGAGAGCAACCAGUGUUCAUGGAAACGGGUCCGGUGAAGCUGAAAUCUGACAGAGUAAAACAAAGUAAGAGACUUGGCAAGAAUGGCCUGUGCCUGGAAGUGACCGGAAGGCUGCAGCAUGAUGACAAGGACUUGCAGGGCAUUCUGAGUGGCAAGAUGAAGAAGGGUGAUCGCCUGACAUACAGUUCCUUUGGUCAAGCGCGUGAAGGGGAUGACUACGAGUGCUCCCAAGAUUUUGAUUGAGUUUUACCUGUGAAUCGUGAUGGGUUGGUUGCUGGGUGCAGUAGCACAUUUUCCUACUCGUGUGGUAACUUGUCGAGGUUUUUUUUUUACAUCGAAAGGAGGUAAUCUUGAAGCGGCCUGUACAAUUGAUGUGAUUCCCAUCCAACGUUAUUGCUAGUUUGGACCUAAUUCUAUGCAAAUAUGGGGGUGUCACUUUUUGUCC